AUGGCCUCUUUCCACGGACAUUCUGAUGUCAUCGACGUCCUAUUGGAGCAUGGCGCAGACCUUGAUGCCAAAAACACAGAAAACCAGACACCGCUCGACUUAGCACGCCAAAACGGCCAUGGCGACAAGGUGGAACGCAUAUUUGCAGCUUACAAGGCUGCACAAAACGCACCCCCCCAUUCAACUUCUACGCAAACUGCUCCUGCUACGCAGCUUGAGCCAUCUUGGCCGCCAACGCUGCCUGACGACGUACCCACCUUGAAGGCGACAGCCUCGGUGGUCAUGGCAGUCGAAGCCUGGCUCCAGCCACUGCUGCCCACGAAUGCCAUCACCCACCCGUUUCCGCACCUCGACGCUUUUGUCACCAAUGCCCAAAGCAACGCCGGCGUGCGAGUGUCUGCAAAAGUGAUCAAACAGAGAAUUGACGAAGCGCCAGUGGAUUUGCCUCAGAUGGAUUGGGCGGCUUUUCAAACAAUUGCAGCCAACGCCCUUGCCUCGCUUGACCAGGUGUUGAAAAUAGCCGAGGCCCUCGCUGCCCGCAUGAGCCAAUCGGACCCAGAAGCCACCACUCUUAAAGCAGAGCUCAUGGCAAUGCACGAUCUGACGUGCCAACCCGACCUGAAGCCGGCCUUUCAUGAACUUUGCGAAGCACUCACACAAUGCCCCGCUCCACCUGCCCCCAGCCCUUCGGCACCGAAAACCCCCCCGGCAAAUCUCACAGCGGCCAUUGACCGACUGGCUAGCCUUCAGAACGUGGGCUCGGAGCACUCACGUCUCCUGAGGACUAGCAACAACCAGAUUGAGCGCCUCAUACUCGAUCUCAUUGAUGCCCUGGAUACCCUGGCGGAAAUGGGAAUCAAGGAUACGAGUAACCGCGUUCGAAGACUGCGACAACAAGCCAAGCGCCAGCCAAUCGAACAGACACCUCCUCAGAGCUUGUCCGCAGCCUGGAAAAAACUCUGCCGGGCCCACGAGAAGCUCAGCCAAUCCAAUCAGAAUGGUCUUGAGCCAGUUGCGCAGUGGCAACCACCUCCCGACUACGAGCAUUACGCCUGGUAUCAAGCGUUUGUGCAUCACGAAACCCAAUGCCUGGUGCAACAGCUACAAGACAUGAACAACUGGCGAGAAAAGACGAUGUCCGUGCUGUCUUCGUGUAUGGAUCUUGCAGACAAUCUGGCUGAGAGCGUUGAUGAUCAAACUGUAUCUGCGCAUAAAGAGCUAGCCGAGUUGCACGAGCAGAUCAAAGCAAUUUCUUUCUUUCUCCAGGCUGCGCCCCCGGACAUGCGAUCUGGCCUUGGGGACAGAUUGAACGAAAUGAAAGCUCGACGCGACACCUUGCAAAGACAGCUUCAAGGCCCAUCGGAUGACGAAAACCAGACACCGCUCGACUUAGCACGCCAAAACGGCCAUGGCGACAAGGUGGAACGCAUAUUUGCAGCUUACAAGGCUGCACAAAACGCACCCCCCCAUUCAACUUCUACGCAAACUGCUCCUGCUACGCAGCUUGAGCCAUCUUGGCCGCCAACGCUGCCUGACGACGUACCCACCUUGAAGGCGACAGCCUCGGUGGUCAUGGCAGUCGAAGCCUGGCUCCAGCCACUGCUGCCCACGAAUGCCAUCACCCACCCGUUUCCGCACCUCGACGCUUUUGUCACCAAUGCCCAAAGCAACGCCGGCGUGCGAGUGUCUGCAAAAGUGAUCAAACAGAGAAUUGACGAAGCGCCAGUGGAUUUGCCUCAGAUGGAUUGGGCGGCUUUUCAAACAAUUGCAGCCAACGCCCUUGCCUCGCUUGACCAGGUGUUGAAAAUAGCCGAGGCCCUCGCUGCCCGCAUGAGCCAAUCGGACCCAGAAGCCACCACUCUUAAAGCAGAGCUCAUGGCAAUGCACGAUCUGACGUGCCAACCCGACCUGAAGCCGGCCUUUCAUGAACUUUGCGAAGCACUCACACAAUGCCCCGCUCCACCUGCCCCCAGCCCUUCGGCACCGAAAACCCCCCCGGCAAAUCUCACAGCGGCCAUUGACCGACUGGCUAGCCUUCAGAACGUGGGCUCGGAGCACUCACGUCUCCUGAGGACUAGCAACAACCAGAUUGAGCGCCUCAUACUCGAUCUCAUUGAUGCCCUGGAUACCCUGGCGGAAAUGGGAAUCAAGGAUACGAGUAACCGCGUUCGAAGACUGCGACAACAAGCCAAGCGCCAGCCAAUCGAACAGACACCUCCUCAGAGCUUGUCCGCAGCCUGGAAAAAACUCUGCCGGGCCCACGAGAAGCUCAGCCAAUCCAAUCAGAAUGGUCUUGAGCCAGUUGCGCAGUGGCAACCACCUCCCGACUACGAGCAUUACGCCUGGUAUCAAGCGUUUGUGCAUCACGAAACCCAAUGCCUGGUGCAACAGCUACAAGACAUGAACAACUGGCGAGAAAAGACGAUGUCCGUGCUGUCUUCGUGUAUGGAUCUUGCAGACAAUCUGGCUGAGAGCGUUGAUGAUCAAACUGUAUCUGCGCAUAAAGAGCUAGCCGAGUUGCACGAGCAGAUCAAAGCAAUUUCUUUCUUUCUCCAGGCUGCGCCCCCGGACAUGCGAUCUGGCCUUGGGGACAGAUUGAACGAAAUGAAAGCUCGACGCGACACCUUGCAAAGACAGCUUCAAGGCCCAUCGGAUGACGUGGCAAAGUUGGCACAACUGCUGCAUCAACAUUUUCCGGCCCUCCUGGUAUUUUUGUGCCCGGAUCAGAGCAUGUUGGGAGCGCAUCUCCGUACCGUGCUUGGCCCCGAUCUUCCGGUCAGCCUCAUCUUGGAGGCCAUGACCGAAGUGGACGGAUCAUUGACGCUCCUCAGCCUAGGCCAACUUGAGCUGAUCUACAUCCAAAACCACAAGGUGUACAAAGCCCGCGCACAGCUGCCAAAUUGCCCUGAGCAAGAAUUGGCCGUCAAAGAGUAUGCGUUUGCUCGACAGCAGCAGGAUCAGUUCCGUACUUUUCUUCGCGAGCUUCGCGCCAUGCGUAAGCUACAACAUGCGCACAUCAUUCCAGUCCUGGGCGCGCUUGUGGAUGUGCGAGAUGGGCAUCCAAGUGCCUACCUGGUGCAGCCAUGGUGUGCGCAGGGUGACCUGCAGCAGUGGUUGAGCAAGGUGACUCGCCAUGUGGCCACCUCGGGCGUCAUUAAAGGGCUGAUGAACCAGCUGCGCACGGCCCUGGCCUUUAUGCACAGCAAGGGCUUAGUGCACCGUGAUGUCAAGCUGAGCAACGUCAUGCUGGACGGCUCGGAGGAUCACCCUAAAGUACGGCUGGGCGAUUUUGACAUUGCCAAGGCGGCGGCUGAAGCAACGUUGUUGCCUUGCACGGCCACUGCAUCGUCGGGCACGGCAGGCUAUGUCGCACCCGAGGUCCUCUUUGGCAGGGGUCGCGUGGGUGCGCGUCCAACACAGGAUGCCUUUUCCUUUGGCUGCGUUCUCUACAAUACCUACAUGUUCCCACAGACAGUACCGCCAGCUAGCUUGCCCACGGACCAGCUGGUCGAAAAGAGCAAUUGGGAUCCAACAGCAACAACCACAGAAAAUAAGGCCUGCAAGUUUUCGCAUCUAGCUGCCGAGGUGGCUGAGCUCUUGAAGCAGCUGGGCGCCGACGGACGAGGUCCCAGAAACAUGACUGUAAAACGGGUGGAGCGUGUGCACAAUCCCGUACUGUGGGAGCGCUACCGCAGCAAGCGACGUGAGAUGGCCGAGCGCACGGCAAACUACGAGCACUUUGCCCAACUCCAAUCAGCUACGGUGGAUGCGCUGCCAGGCCAACCAGCCUUGCUCCGAGAUAUGCCGUGCCAGGAGCGCCUGCUGCUCCAUGGCAUUGGCCCCGAUCACGAGCUGCGUGAUAAGAUUGUGCGCCUGGGCCUCGACUAUCGCUUUGCUGGCAGCAGUGCCGGUACUCUCUUUGGGCGGGGCAUCUAUCAAGCCGACCACCCCGGCAAGGACCGUGCCAAGAUGAAGGCCGAGGCGGCAGAGACCGCUUUGAUGGCGGCGCAAGCGCGAUUGCCCGUAGACCGCUUCGCCGCGCUGCGCUCGAGCCUCGAUGCCCUCGUAGCGGCGCUGGCACAACAACAAGAGACUGAAGAGGCACAGCGCCGUAAAGCUGAGCAGUUGCAUACGGACGUGCAGAACCAACGCCAACGGCUGGCUCAGCACGAUGGCAGCAUCCUCCAAGAGGGGACCCCACAGAUGGCGCUGCACCAAGAGCUUCUGACCGCCAGCAACGAGCUCACACUCGUUCAUCGGAAGCUACAAGACCGCGAGGAAGCCAUUGACCAGCUCAAGGAAGACCUGGCCAACGCCAAGUUUGACCUCGGCGUCUCCCUCGAUAGUCGCGGUGACAGCGAGCGCAUACAGCAGAUUGAACAGCAGUCAACCGGCUUGCAGGCCGAGAUUGAUCGUGACACGUUACAGGCCUCGGAGUUGCAGGAAGAACUUGAGUCCUUGCGCGCCACCGUUCUUGCGAGUCGCGAUCGAGAGGCCGCUGCCGCGGCUACUGUACAAAGCCUCCAAAACGAUAUGCAGGCAGCCAACGCGCUCCCCCAACGCAUUGCAAAUCAGGCUGGGCUCCUCGUUAACAACAAAAACCGUUGUGCCGCUGAACUUGAGCAACUCGAGCAAACGCUGCAAAAUCGGAACCAAACCCUGGUUGAUUUGCGCGACAACCUCGCCCGCGUGCAGCAGGAUACCAGCGCGGUCGAUGACGCCAUUGAAGCCGCCAUCGCCGAUCGCCUGCGUCUCGAGCGACUCCAGCAACAACAUGAACUUACGAUUCAGAGCACUGAAGAAGCCAGUGUCGACCUAAUUGGGCAACGUGCCCUGCUUGAAACCCAAAUAGAUUCUGCCGCGGGCCGCCUUCACUCCCUUGAUGAGCAGGUGGCUGCCAUCAAACGCCAUCAAGACCGUGCCUUGCGUGAGCUCAAGGCCGCCCAGAGCAAGGAGGAAACGCUACGCUUGGCACGAGACACGGCUGUCAAAGAACGUGACCGGGUGGCUGUCGCGGUGGAUGCUCGCCGCAAAGAAGCUCUAGAUAUUGCCGGCGGACUAGAACGACUCGAGGCCGACCUAACCACGAGUCAGCGCGCAUGGGAAUCCACAGCAGGCGUCUCGCGCGCCGCCGUGGCCAAGGUACAGGGCAUGCAUGCCAAAAACCGCUCCCUUGAGAAGGAGCUGGCCCAUCUGGUGCGCCAAAGUGCCGACUUGGCUCGGCAACAUGCGGCUGUCCGUCGGGCCGUAGAUCAUGCAGGCGCCGAAAAGCUGCGCUCGCUGCAAGUGUUGACGGCGCAGGAACAGCACCUCAACUCGGCCGCCCUGGGCCAGCGAGAUGCCAAGCGCAGCCUUGAUCAAGUGGGUUCAAAGGUCACGGCCGUUGCUAUGCUUCUCGGGACCGCCAAGAAUGAGAAGAACCUCUGCCUCACGCAGAUCAACAGCCUGCAGCAGCGCCUGGCCGAAAUGCGUGACAAACAGCGCAUGUUGCACACGGAAAUUGAGAUUCUUCGCGCCUCGGCUGAGGAGAAGGAUGUCAAAAUCAACGAGAUCAAGGCUGACGCCGCUGCCCGUGGCGUCAUCCUUGAGGGCCUGCGCGGAGAAGUCAAUAGCACACGGCAGCAAGAGCGCGAGCUGCAGACCCAGGGCAAGAAUCUGGGGCGCCUCAACCAAAAGCUGUUGGAAAGCAUAGAAGUGGUGGAGAAGAAACUGGCACAGCUCCGUCAGGAGCAGGAAAGCGUCGUUCGCCAACGUGACUUUCAUGCCAAGGGAUUGGUGCGCCGGCAACACGACUUGGCUCAGCUUUAUGAGAACCUCAACGUCACCAACAACACGCUCCACCAGGGCGAGAUGGAAUUGCAAGAGCGCGAGCAGGACCUGAAGCUGCUCAAUGCCGAAAAGGCUGAGCUGCUUCGAGCUAUCCGUCUCCUCAACAAAGCGGUGCCUGUCAAGCACAAACUACAGAACGAUCUCCUGGAAUCGCAGCUGGAACUGGUUUCCUGUCAGAAGCGAACGUCCGAACUUGAGGAACAGCUGCAAUCACAUACGCGCGUACAGCGGCAGCGUCCCGAGGAUGAAACAGAAGACCUUGAUCCGGUGGCGCUUGAGGAAAAGGCGACGCGCUUGGCCGAACGCUUGGCCAACAAGGAGGAGCAGGUCUUGGAACGUGACAUGGUGCUUGCAGAAACCGAACGUCUUCUGGGUCGCGCUCUGCGCCGACUCGAGGCCGGCCGGGGCGACGCACUGCAGGCCACCGCCACCGCACGCGACUUUCAGAUGCGCCUCAACGAGCUGCAGCUCAAGCUCAAGGCCUGCGUGUCCGAGCUGGCCAUGUACCAGACCAAGGCCUCACAGUAUCAGCGCGAAGCAGACGACCUUCGCGAUACACUUGAAAUGGCCGAAGCCAACCUCCUGGCCAACCGCCCUCCCAAUCCCGAGAUUGAAAGCGAGUGGCAACGGUUGAAGCGCCGUUUCAAGCAGGAAUGGAAUGCCGCGCUAUCUGCCAGUAUGGAUCUUACCCAAGGCCUACGCACGACAUGUGGAGGGAGGAAGAAAGGGCACGAGCGGAUUCGCGUGGCCAUCAGGCAAGAGCAUCGGGAGCUCGAGGAGAAGGAGGGAAGCCUUGGCGAGCAGCGAGGGCUAACCGACAACUCGGAGGAGUUGCAAGGUCAUUUUCUCCGUGAGACGAGCGAGCAGAGAAGAACCAGCGGCCUUUGGCUGAAUGGCUGCAAUGUCACCCGACCGCCCGAUGCCAUGACCGAGCCUGUACUCAUGUCCGUGGUUAUGGUCCAGGCAAGAUGCAAGACCUGUGCUACCCGGAAAAUUGUUCGAAUCCAUAAUGGCAAGCUCGUGCAUCAACAGUUCGAUGGUCUCAUCACUCCAGCCCUGCUCGGGCCAUUGGUGCUAAAGCAACAAGCAGCCCCCCGCAUCAGACAGGAGCAACCAACCCCACCAACCAUAACAGAUGCAUCCAUCACCGCCACAAUCAGGCACCGACCUGAGUUAAGAGUGCACGAAUCUGUCGAGUAUGCGUCCGCCGGGCAUCCAAGCCCGUUUGCAAGAGGGAGCUGUGGCUCUUUGCUUCCUUCUGUGCCGAGGGCUCGCUGUAACCAUCGGGUGCUCCGUUUCAGGGUGCUUCCUGAGCGUGCCACUCGACCCUUGCCUGCCGGACCCCGAGUCUGUUUCUCGCCCAAGGGUCGCGCGUUGCGCGUCGUCGCGUCGUGCCUUGUAAAGAGUGGUUCCAGCAACCCCAUUUACAGGUCGCUCGCGGCGUCAAAAGGCAGGCCCGGUCCCCACCUGUCCCAGCAACACAACAGGCAGGGACCCUCACCCGCGAGCUUUGACCCUCACAUCACCAGCAUCAUGUCCAAAGUCAAGGUGGCCGUGCGGUCGCGCCCACUCAACAAGCGCGGUUCGUACCUACAACUCUUCUGCUCUCCUCAUCAUCCCCGACCGCUAAUUGUCAUGGUGACGGUCAUUCAUCGUACCCAACACCCAUCCCCGCGACAAUGCAUGCGUUGGCUUGUAGAGCUUAAACGAGCACACGAGGUCAUUGUGGAGAUGCGCGGUGGCACGCAAACCAUCCUCACCAAACCCAACGACGGCACAACCAAGGUCGGUUCGGACUCUGCACCCGAGUGCAGAGUCAACCCUUCACAAGCUCACCCCACACUUGGGCGCGUUGUGGAUGGCAACGAAAAUCCCGACCUCAAGUUCAAGGUGGAAGUGAGCUACAUGGAAAUUUAUAACGAAAAGGUCCAAGAUUUGUUAAAUCCACGCAAAGGCUCAAACAUGCGCGUCCGCGAGCACAAAGCCCUUGGACCUUACGUCGAGGGAUUGUCCAAGCUCGCGGUCAAAGGCUUUGACGCCAUCAAGACUUUAAUGGAAGAAGGCAACAAACUGCGCCAUACAGCAGCCACGGAGAUGAACGACAAAAGCAGUCGUUCCCAUGCUGUAUUCACCCUGACAGUGACACAGGCCCACUACUUUGCCGCCACUAAAUCCACUGGUGAAAAGGUUUCGAGGGUGGCGCUCGUUGAUCUUGCAGGCAGCGAGCGAACCUCCAAGACCGGUGCUUCGGGCAUGCGGCUCCAAGAAGGCUCCAACAUCAACAAGUCCUUGACCACGCUUGGCCUGGUCAUCUCUGCACUGGCCGAAAACGGUAAGGUGGCCAUCUCCAAAGCCAAAGUGGCAAAUCACUGGUUGCUCAUUCUCAUCUGCACCACUGGGGUUGCUCGCCAGGAUUCGAUCGGAGGCAACUCCAAAACGGUCAUGGUGGCAGCCAUCAGCCCUGCCUCGGACAACUAUGAGGAAACCCUCUCAACUUUGCGUUAUGCCGAUCGUGCCAAACGCAUCGUCAAUAAUGCCAUUGUCAACGAGGACCCCAACGCCAAGGUUAUCCGCGAACUUCAAGAGGAGCUCGAGCGCCUUCGCUCAGAGGUAGCUCAUGGAGGUAGUGGCGGCGACACCGAGGAGCUGCAGCACAUGCGUGAUCGCCUCACGGAGACCGAGAGUCUUAUGAAAGAGAUGGAGCUUACUUGGGAAGAAAAACUCAAGCAAACCGAACAGAUCUUGUUGGAGAAACAAAAAGCGCUGGAUGAGCAUGGUGCAAGUGUAGCCUCUGGCAACCGUGCCCUACGUGUCGAAUCCAAACUGCCACAUUUCAUCUGCCUGAGUUCAUCGGACGACAGCUCGGCCGUUACAAUUUACACCUUCAAGGAGGGCAUCACCCGCAUUGGCAACCCCAAUGAUCCCUUGGUUGAGGACGACAUACCGGAGCAGGACAUUAUGCUUGACGGCGAAGGCGCUGAGGCAGAGCAUGCGAUUGUGGAGUUCAACCUUGAGCUUGAUGCCGAAGCCAAUUGCCUUGUGGAGAUGGUUCGCCUCCACCCCAUUGGCGAGCUCUGCUUGGUAAACGGUGAAGACAUGGAGGACUCGAUGCGUCUGCGCCAUGGUGACCUGAUUCAAUUGGGCGAGGAGAACCUUUUCCGGUUCAAUCACCCCACCGAGGCCCGCCGUUUGAAAAAGCACAAAGGCAAGGGUCGCAAGGCCCACAGCGUCGUCAAGAUGAUGGCACGGAAGCACGACAAGCUCAGUCCCGAGCAGAUUGAAACAAUGCGGAGCCAGCUGGAUGCUGAGAAGCAAGCAGAAAUUGCCCGAUUGCAGGCCUUGCGAGAGGCUGCAGAGCAGGAGGCACGCGAGGAGAUGGAGCGCAAAGCGGCCGAGACAGAGCGCCUCAAGCAAGAAAUGGAGCAAAUGCGUUUGCAGUACGAGAAGCAAAUGCAGGAGCAGAUGGCAGCUGAACGUGAGCGACAGGAACGCGAACGUCACAACCAGGCUAAGAAGGCUGAGGCCGAUCAGCGCGAGCGCGAGCUGGACCGUGAGCGUAUUCAAGCAGAGAUGGAAGCACGCCUUCGCGAGCGCGAAGAGGAAAUGCGGGCCAAGCUCAAAGCCGAGCUGGCAGACACGGCCACCGAGAAGCAUCAGGCGCAGGAGCACGUGCGGCAAGCAGAACAGGCCAUGCGUGAGCGUGAGGCACAGUUGGCCAAGUUGACAUCACAACUGAAGCAGAUGGAAACUGAGACGGCACAGGAGCGUGAGCUACGCGAGCAGCGUCACCAAGUGGAGCUGGCCGAGCGUGCCGCUGAGCAAGAACGUCAGCUGCGUGCUGAACUAGAAUCUCGCGAGCAAGAACAUGAGCGAGAAUUGCAGGCGGAGCUAGCUCGACGUGAAGAAGAGAACCGUCAACAGCUUCAGGCCACGCUUGAAGCGCAUGAGGCCAACAUGCGCAAGGUACAGGAGGAAGAGGCGCGUCUUCGGGAGGAGGCCUUGCUCCAAAUGCAAGCCAAUGACGCAGCCACCAAGGAGAAGCUGCGCCAGCUCGAGGAGGAGAGCUUGCGGCGCGAAGAGGAGCAGCGAGAAGCUUCAGAGCGGGAGGUUGCACGCAUGCGAGCAGAAAUGUCAGAGCGCACAUCGCGGUUUGAAGAGGAACAGCGCCGGCGUCGUCAUGCUGAAGAAGAAGCUGAGCACACGCGGCGCCUGCGGGAGAUCGAGGCGGCCAAUGAGCGCAAAAUGUACGAGGAAGAGAUGAAGCAAAAGGAAAUGCAACAACGGCGCAACAUGCAGGCCAAGGAUCGGUGGUUGAACCGGCAGCAGCUUGAGGCCGAGGUCCGAAUGCAAGAGCAGGCCAUGGCGGAGGAGAAGUUGCAGGCUGAACUGGCACGGAAAGAGCUGUCCAAGGCCAACAUCAAGCAUGAUCAUGCACGUCGGCAGUCUCUCAUGUACCGUGAGGGUUCGUCGCAGCCUUCGGACACGGAGGAUGAUGACGGUGCCGGCGUGCGCACGCUUGAUCAGCAGUUGCAGGAACUUUUGCAGCUAGCCAACGCGGAUGCCACAAUCAUGGAAGAGGAGAAUGAAGAGGAUGAAGAAGGCGAGGAUGGUGAUGAGGGCGACUACCACGAGGAGGAUGAAGACGAGGAUGAGGAUGAGGAUGAGGAUGAGGAUGCGAAUGUCGAUGGCGACGAAGACGAAGAUGAGGACGAGGACGAGGACGAGGACGAGGAAGAACAGGAAUCGCCGAGCAGCGGAAAGGCUGUUUUUGCGGAUGCCGAGCCUGAGUCGCCGCUUCAGUCGGUGGUUGAGCGACCAGCUCACCCUUUUUUGGACCUCAUGGAUGAGGCCAAGCCGAUUAAAAAGGAACGCCUGCCGACUGAGUCGGAUGACGGUGAUGAUGAAGAGGCCGAAGAGGACGAGGAAGAGGACGAGAUUAUUGACCUUAUGUCGGGUCGUUCCUCAACGGUGCGCAUCAACCGAUCUGACUCGGAUGGUUCGAUGAAUAAUCCCUUUUUUACCAUGGACACGACUUCUCCGUCGAAUACCGCGCGCAGUCGUCCGAAAGCCAGCAGUUUUACGGCGGGUUCGGAUGAUUUCAACCCCUUUGCCAACAUGGGUCCCGUUUCCACGGGAAGGGCGUCAUCUGGGAAAGUCAGCCCGGCCUCGGCCCCGGCCCGCUCGAGUCGGACAGUACCACCUCGUGGAUCCAGCGACGUCGCGGCAGGUCAGAGCCAGGAUGCCAUGCGUGAGCAAGAGCGAGAUCGUAAGGCGCGACAGAUGGCUAAGUUGCGUCAGCAACAAGAGCAACAGCGGAAAAAGCAGGCCGUGGGCAACGGAGCACCAAACGUGCCUUCUGGGCCGAGCCGAGCCGAUAAGUACCGCGUUGAUCUGACCCCGCAGACUCGGAGCAACGUGGACCUGCAGCAAAACCAAGCUGCUGUCCGCCAAGCGCGCCGACCUACGCAGAGCAUCGCAGACGCCAAAGCCCGUGCUGCGGCCCGCAAUGUAAAAGCGGCUGCGAACGGCAAGGCCGGCCGCGCACCCUCGGUCACCAGUAGUACUGGCAGCGUGUCGCACGAUGACUCGGUACGUGCCAACAUGAGCGUUGGCAUGCGAAAGAUUAUGGAGGCCCAACAGGAACUUCGUCUGGCUCCUCGGCAAACCCCACUUGACAUCAUGGUGGCCAAGGAGGUUAAAGAUGCCGUCAAGGCUGCUCUACGCGAUCGCAAGAUCAAACUCUGGAACCCUCCCUACACAGAUGCCGACGGCAACAGCACCGUCCCUGAGGAACUGAUUGCAGACCUCGUCAACACCACAUCAUACGAUGCCAGCACCGUUUCCGAAGCCGUCGAGGCGCUUCGCGCUGCUGCCGUCAAACGAUCUCGCGAACGCAGCAACACGAUCGAUAGUGCAGGGCGGAGUGGCUUUGAUAGUGCCCACGACAGUGGAGCUGCCACUCUGACCCCGGCCCCUGUGCCAGCUGCAGCCGUGGCUACCACUUCUUCGCCACACGCUGAACACGACGCUGCUUCAACAACCCCGGCCACACAUUCAACGCCUGCCGCUGACAGCCACAAAGAGAAGGGCAAGGCCGCCUCCAAUCAACCCUCGGAGGACGAGGAGGAAGUUCGCGCCAGGCCCCCACCUUUAAACGCCGGCAUGAUGGAUGACAUCUUUGGAGGCGAGGAAGCGACGCACAGCCCGGCUGCCAGCGCAGAAACCGAUGCAGAUGAGGAUUUGCCGCGUUCGGCCACCGGAAAAUCUCGCAAACAACGCCUCCUCACGGGCGUGCUUAAGAGCCUGCGCCCCAGCAGCAAGAAGGACCUCUCUGACCAGAUGGUCUCGCUCGAAAAUGAUGCCUUCUUCAUGAUGCAAGAACAGUCUGUGCACAUGACCGUCACCAAAAACCCCGAUGAAGAACCAGCCUACUUUGACGAUCUGACGCCAGAGCAGCAAGCCCGGUACAACCGCCGACAAUCCGUCUCCACCCGUCUGCAGGCACACAACGAACCCUUUGAUCCUUUUGCCGCACCCUCGGAAAUUGCGCCCGAACCCCCCAUCUUUGAUAUGGAUGUGGAAGACCAAGACGCUGCCGCGGCUGCACCAACAUCGGCAGACUCUGCGUCCAAGGAGGAGAAGGACGACGAUGAAGCGAAUGAGGCGCAGACCUCGAACCAGGAUGAUGAGUCCGCUGAAGACGAUCAGACAGCAGACAGUGCACCAGCUGCAGGGUCUGAGCCAAGCAAGACACUUGACCAACCGGAAGACAACAACGACGAAGACGCCGCCUCUUCCUCCGCAGCCACGGGGGCCGCAGGCGAUGACGAAGCCUCAGAAAUGGCCGACUCUGUGUCCCAGCUCCCACAAACCAAGUUCACCAAGAACACGCAUGCCUGGAAGCGCUCCAUCUCUGGCAAACACCUCGUUGCUGCUGAUGCAGAGGAGGAAAAGGCUGAUGAGGUCGGUGCUGAGGCCGUGCACCUCGGUAGCGAGCUCUCGCAGGAAUCCUCCACUGAUGAGCCUGUCAAGAACAAGCGACGCUUCGGCUUCAAGAGCAUCAAACUUGGUCUUGGUCGCAAACACAAGAGCGACCCGAGUUUGCUGCCCCCACCCGCCCCCAUCGUGCAGCCCUCCUCCGAGCUUAAAGCCAGCGAGAUGAUGAUGACCGAUGCUCAGCGCAUUGCCGUCAUGACCAUGGUCCGGGAUGGUACUUUGACGAUCGACCAGGCCAUUCGCAAGGUUUUGGCCGUGGAAGAGCUGCUGCACGACACGGCUGAUGACAGCAAGGAAGAUGGCGGGGCCAAGCCUGAGCCCACAGCCGCAGCUAAUUCAGACAACCUUGACCUCAAUGCCAGCACUGGUACUUCUGCGAGCGUGCGCAUUGACCGAGAGAUGCGCCGCCACAUCAUGAAUCAGGUCAAGGCAGGAAAGCUAACGGUAGAUGAGGCCAUCUCCAUCAUCCUGGAUGCUGAAGAUGAGAUGGCCAUCGCACAGGGCCUCAAGCCCAGGCCUGCCAAGGCCCGCGCCAAGCAAGGACGCGCCUCGCUCAUCUUCUCUGAUGACGACCUUGCCUACAUGGCGGGCACGGUGCAAGAGCCUCUAUCCUCAGCCACGGCUUCACGACCUCGGCCCAAGAAUCGUCCCCCCACUCGUGCAAAACUGCGUGAAACGGUCAACUUUGCCGCCGAUCCCCGGUUCGAAGAUGAGAGCGCAGCCGCAAUGUUUGAAGAGGAUGCCAGUCAUGCAGACCCCGAGCCUGUCUCAGAAGCAGCACCAGUCGAGAUCAAGCAGUCUGAGCCUGCCCCCGAGCCUGCCCCUGAGUCUGCCCCCGAGCCUGAAAGUGAGGAGGCAGCCCCUGUCGUGGCGCCACGCCGCAAGAAGCGCGGCAAGAAGAGCUCACUUGCUCCUGAAAGUGUGGAAGCGUGGCUCGCUGAUCUUGGGCUGGAGGUUCUGAGCCCCAAGUUCACCGCGCACGGAUUAACCGACCCUGCAGCACUUGCAGAGCUGACUGACAGCACCUUGGUGUCCAUGGACGUGGACGAUGCCGAGCACAGGAAGCGUCUUCUUGAGGCUGCUGCGAGCUUGGGUAAUGGUAAGGGUGAGAAGAAAGGCUUGGCAGCAGCUCUGAGCCCGCGCUCGGGCCGCAAGAAAGCCUCGCAGGAAUCGCUACCCCCUGUUGAGGUCAAGUUCACUGCGCCGGCUUUCAAGGCGUCAGAGCUGCACCUUUCGCAAGAGCAGCAGCUUCAAGUCCUGAAUUUGGUCAAGGAAGGCAAGCUGACCAUGGAUGAGGCCGUUGCGCGGGUGCUUGAGGUGGAGCGGCAGCAUCAGGCUGGGAGCACGGACCCUGCGGUUGACGAACAGGGGUUCACCGUGGUACCAGAGGCACCGACUAUGCGCCCAGAGGAGGCCUUCAAACAGGCCUUUGCCUCAGACUCGGAAGACGACAAGGACUCUGACGAAGAGGAAGAGAACAAGCCGCGUGCUCCCAAAAUUCGGGUCCAGAUCAAAGCCCACUCUGCCACGAGCCUGGAUGACCCAUUUGCCUCUGCUACCUCAGCAGCUACGAGCAGUGUGACCGCAGACGAAUCAGUCACGCGGGAGCGCAUAGACACAGCAACUGUAGCUGCGGCUUUUGAUGGAACAGACGCUUUUGGCGUGCCCGCGUCAAGCACCGACGCGGCAAACGCCACCGCCGCAUCGUUUGAUCCGUUUGCUGCCUCGACGGACGACCCGUUUGCCGCCGGUGCUACACAAGCGCCCGCUGCCCCUACCCCUGCCGAGGCGGUCGAAACCAACGCGGCCACCAAUGACUCUGUAGAUGUUACAGCCGACCCCGCGCAAGUGGACACCCAAACUGAAGAUGUGCCAAAGCCACCCGAUGCGAGCACCACGCAAGGCCCUGCCACUGGCUCAAGUCAGCCAAAGUCAGAGGAUGAAAGUCAAACAACUGCUUCCGAAGCAACGCCUGCUUCCGAAGCAACGCCUGCUUCCGAAGCAACGCCUGCAGCUGAAGUCCCCGCCACUGCGCCCGUCCGCCCUACCCCUGCGCCACGGCGUGCAUCCGUUGGACCGGCAUCCGCGCCCAAGCAGCCACCGCCCGUGGCCCGCAAACGGUCUUCCACCGAGGUCAAAAAACCAGCACCGCCACCACCCAAGCCCAAACCCAAACCGCGUCCGGCUUCAGUGAGUUCCGAAACCGGAACUGCCGAAGCCUCUGAGGCCGUGAAGCCCGUCCCAACAAAGCCGGCUCUGGCAGAAACAUCUGCAGCAGAGGCAGCUCCAGCGGAGGCAGCUCCAGCAGAGGUGACAUCGGCAGAGCCCGCUGCGAUGACUGCUACGGAACCUGUAGCAGAGUUGCCCGCCACGGACGCCGCUGACGCCACCGAGGCCGGCGCGGCAAAGUCCGCCCCGCCAGCUACAGCACCGCGCAAAUCAGCCAAGGCGCGCAUGCAACUCAACCUAGCUGGUGUGACUCAUGACGACUCGCCAACAGAGACCGCCAAGGCGGGGCCGUCUGCUCAACAAGCAGCAGAGCCCGAGCGAAGCCGCAUUUACCAAGCCUUGAAUGCCAAACCACUUUGGGCAGAAUCCGAUGAGGACCGCAAGAAGCGCGAAGCGUCGGCCGUGAUUGUUGGAACUGGGCGCAGUCAACGCUCAGCAGCUGCGUUUCUUGCUCAAGAGGACAACAGUAUGGAGGACCUAGAAGCGGCAGAUGCUCGCAUCGAGACUCUACGAAAGCAGGCAUUGGGCAAGAUGGAAGACUUUGAUUCAGCCAUGGUUGAGAUGCAAACCGGUGGUAAAAAGGCUGCUCCACCACCCGUUGCGCCCAAGAAGAAAUCGGCGGCCCCAAGCACGGGGUCGGCUGAUUUCAAUCCAUUUGGCGCGCCGGCGACGAAUGCUGCGUCAUCCCAAGCAGAGGCUGAGGCCACCAGCGAGGACGAGCGUGAAAGCGACUCGGACUUUGAUGCCGACUUCAUGGCCCAGCUCAAUCGUCGUCGCGCUGAGCGCGAGGCGGAGGAGCAGCGCCGGGCUGAGGAACUGCGCAAGCAAUUUGAGGCCAAGAAGGCGGCCGAAGAUACGGAGCGCGCCGAGCUGCUGGCUGCAUUGGCCAAAGAAAAAGCCGAGGAAGAAGAAAAGGAACGACGUCGUCGCUCACAACUUUUCCACGAAACCAUGGCUCGUGCUCAAGACAUGUCUUUCCAGUUUUCCUUUUCUUAG